AUGAAGCCCACUUGCAACGUCGCCAGUGUCGUGAACGAGGAGGUAAAUAUCCCAGCGACGGUGAGUGCGUGGGUUCCGGGCCCGAGAUUAUUUGCCUGGGACUCGCCCGUUGUCCACGACAACUGCUCAUUCGAUCUUAUAUCAGGUCACAACUAUGACGAGUACGUUUGCCACCAUGCCCUUCCCUGGUCCCCGAUCUUUGCACUGAUAGACAGAGUGCCUGAUAUAAAGGCAUACCUAGCCGUGCUCGGCGCAAGACAGCCUCUGUCAUCCGAUGCUCCAGCGAUUCCAUGGUUCUGGCGUCCGCCGAGGUCUUACUCCUCCAUCUCGCCCGAGGAGCAGCGUCUGAAGACGGCGUGUGAGGACGCGGUGCGUCGUGGUGUUGAGCAUCUCGAAAGACGGAGGAUGGAGAAGAGAGGGGUAUUCGUUGAUGCGCACGCUCCAGCAUGUUCCCUCUGGAAUCCUUACCCUUGGAUACCCGCUUCCCCCUUCGGCUCCGUUCGGCCGGGUCAGUACGCCUCAUUUCGGGUCUCCUGUCUGUCUAACAGUCGUGAAGAGGAAGAAGACCACCUGUAUAUCAGUGAACACAUGGUCCGAGGAAACGUCCGACUGCCUCUCGUGGGCGACAUGCGCGAAGACAUGGCUGCGCUCAGUCCGAUGGACCCUCUCUGGCCAAUCUUCAUCGCCCGUCUCUACCACCUGACGACGCACCCUGUUCAUCUUUCGCUCUUCAUUGACUGCCAGCUCUAUGACAAGCUCAAGGACUGUGCCGAGUACAGAGAGGCUGUCAUAGACAAUGUGGAAGUCAUGCGCCAGAAUUCUGACUCUUUCCUUCCCAGUUUGCUGGAUCGCACACGGACUGCUGGUUACGAGCUCCGCAACCACGAGGGGCGCACACGAUACACGUUGGCUACCUCUGCUAACGAUUUUCGCUACCUCCUCCAUUCACACACACCACCUUCGCCUCUCGAUAUCACCAUGCUCGUCAACCUUGUCAUGGACAUCGACUGCUUCGUGUACAGAGCAGCCGAAGUACAGGCUGUCCUUCUCGGGAUGGAUGACGUGGACCUGAGAUGGGUUCUCUCGGCGGCGACACUGGAUCUGCUGGACAGGUGGAAGGAGAGUGGUGGCCGGAGGAGGUCAGAGGCGACAGCCGAGGCGCAACAUGCUGGAAUACUGGCGGCAAUCCACGCGUCGACCACUUCCACCCUCAUCGUCGCCGUCGGGAACAGCGUUUUGUACAAGAACCUCAAGGACUCUCUGGCCAACGACGCCCGCAUCGAGCUCCUUCACGUCGAGCGACUCAACAAAUCCAAUGAGGCGGGGUUCAAGGCGAAGGUGCGGCGGAAGCGAGCCGCGGCCAGCAGCGAACGCUCGGCAACAACUCCGACGAAGAUGGAGCCUGGUGAGGGGAUCAAUGGCGGCGGUAGCGAAAUGGAAGGCCAGAGCGCGAGCGGGGAGUCGGCGAAGGCAGGGGGAGAGGGAGUAAGCGCUGAGGGUGCCAUCGACCACCCAUCUUCCCAACCUCCCAUCCUGACGCUCGACGCCAACGUCUUCCCUGGGUCUACAGGCGGCUUCGUCGUCGAGCACCUGCCUGCUGCUGGAGCGUUCGCGGGAGUCGAUGACGCUCUGAAGCCAUUUCGCGUGGUCAUUCUGCACGCAGUGCAGGUGGAGCUGAGCGCCGCGAGACCGUCUCGAAGGGCAGGGGAAAAGGCUCCUUGUCGGGCUCGUUUGCUGGCACUGUCGGGUUCGCCUCCACCCCUCGUCACCUUCCUCCCCCCACCCUCUGUGCCGACGCCGGGUCGGGGCGACACCCGCAUCCUGAAUGAGCUCAGAGAGUACAUUCAUCAAAGCCUCACCACCGUCGUCUUCGCCUCGAAUGACAAGAUCAUGCAUCUGAGGUCGCUCGCACUCUCGUCCAUCGAACCGCUUCUUCGCCCCCUCCUCGUCAACGGCUCGGGUCAUGCUUCCGGUAUCCCUCUCGACCUCACUGACCUCAACCUCCGCCGGCGACAGUGGGCGGGGGCGACCGACGGCGGUCUGAGCAGUUCGAUCGACUCUCCCGAAGAGACAGCUGCUGCCCGGAUUGGCUCCGCCACCAGCGCGAUCCGCGGUGCACUCGUGCAUGCACCAUCUAGCACUGCACUGGUGGUGUUCUCGAACGAGAUAUUGCUGGAGCAGAUAAGGCAGACGUUUCAUGACCAGCAACAGGUCUCUUCUGUCUUCGCGCCCCAGUUUAGCAAGACCGUCACGGGCGACCUGAAGAGGGAGCUGAAGCAGAGAAAGGCGGAGGAGCAGGAGAAGCAGGAGGAGAAGCGGGAGAAGAUCCAGCAGGGGGAGCGUUGCGAGGAGGCCGAGCCGAGCAAGCCGCAAGCACCAUCGGCUCGCAAGCUCGUGCUGGACACCAAUAUCUGCCCCGGCAGCAUCAUCGGCUUUAUCGUCGAACACCUACCCGCUCCCAGGGCUUUCGUCGGUGUCGAGGGCAUCUUUCCUCCCUUCUCCGUCCUCUAUCUGCGCGCAGUGCAAGAAGAGCUGCUGGCCGCCGGACCUUCCAGGUCUACUGGCGAAGAAGCGCCGUGCAGAGCUCGCAUCAAGGCCAUCAAGGCGAACCGGCCGCCACUUGUCGAGCUCCUGCCCGAGCCUUCGGUGCCGCCAGUAGGGAAUGGAGACACCCGGAUCCUGAACCAGCUGACCACCGUCGUCGAUGCCAGCGACUGUAGAAUCCUGCUCGCCACGGCCGACGUUGUCCUCUUCCUCCGCUCCCUCCGCCUCACGCACGAGUUCGACGCGUUUCGCCCAUUCUUGGUCUUCGCCGAAGGUCACUCGUCAGGCUUAGUCCUCGAUAGAGCGAAUCUGGAGCGUCGUCGUUAUCAGUGGGCAGAAGCGGUAUGGGAGAAGUAG